CGAAGAUGUUCAGUUGAUAUUCGUCAUUUAUACUAGCACAUACUGGCGUAAAUUAUACCACAAAAUAUGGAUAUCAUGGAAUUAGGAAAGAGUGGAAACAGCAACUUGGCCUAUCGCGGUCUGAGUUCUCAGAUUGAUUUCGAUGUGAUACCUAGUCCUGACGGUCUCUUCAUCCUGGAGGACUUGAUCGGGGAAGGUACCUACGGUGAAGUCUAUGCCGCUCGGGAUCAAACGAAUAACACACGAGUGGCUAUUAAAAUACUGGAAAAUAUUGCUGACAAUAUCGAGGAAAUCGAGGAGGAAUAUCUGAUUCUUCGAGACUUGAGCCCUCAUUCAAAUAUUCCCCUAUUCUACGGUUUAUUCAUGAAUCGAGGGAGUGUUGGACAUGACGAGGAUCAACUUUGGUUCGCCAUGGAGCUAUGCACAGGUGGUGCCGUUACGGAUCUGGUCCAAGGGCUGAAGAAGCGAGGAAGCCGUUUGACUGAUAAUCAAAUAGCUUAUAUAAUCCGAGAAACCGUCGAGGCGCUUGUCUAUUUGCAUACCAAUCACUGCAUGCAUAGAGACGUUAAAGGCCACAAUAUUCUCUUGACCGAAGAAGCAAAUAUCAAAUUGGUGGAUUUUGGUGUGUCCUCCCACUUGGCUAUGACACUCGCCAGGAAGAAUACCUCCGUUGGUACUCCAUAUUGGAUGGCACCAGAGGUAAUUGCGUGCGAACAACAAUUGGAUUCGUCGUAUGAUUGUCGUUGCGACGUCUGGUCAGUGGGAAUAACAACCAUCGAAUUAGCCGAGGGUGACCCACCCCUAGCCGAGCUACACCCUAUGCGAGCCCUCUUUCAAAUUCCCCGAAAUCCACCCCCGAGACUAAAAAAUCCGGAGCUCCAUCUUCCAGAAAUGUCGGAUUUCAUUGGCGAGUGUCUUGUCAAAGAUCUGGAGCAUCGACCCUUCGCCAGCGAACUCCAAGAGCAUCCACUCCUCAAGUCUGUUGAUUGUUUUAAUGGGCAAGUGAGAGAGGAACUUCAAAAGGAAAUUCGAAGGCAGAGAAGCGAGGGGCGGAUACACCGACAGCCAGAAAUAACUACCAAACACGGAAAAUUGAAGAGCGAUAGAAAGGCAGUGGCUAAAAAAAUUUAUUUCGAUGAUCUUGCUGCCCUUGAUGCCCUUUCCGAGAACAGCAUUGUUCAACAGCUCGAGCAUAGGUACACCGAGGGUCAAAUAUACACGUACAUAGGGGAUAUCCUGGUGGCAGUGAAUCCGUUCACCAACCUGGGCCUCUACACCGGAAUAGAACAACGUCGGUACAAAGGUCAAGCCCGUUCUGACAAUCCCCCUCAUAUUUUUGCUGUUGCGGAUGCUGCAUAUCAGGCCCUUCUCCACCAACGUCAAAAUCAAUCAAUAAUAAUAAGCGGUGAAUCUGGCGCGGGUAAAACCGAGAGCGCUAAUUUAUUACUGAAGCAAUUGGUUUACUUGAGCAAAGCACCUAACAGAAAUCUCGAGGAGCAAAUACUACAGAUAAAUCCCAUAAUGGAAGCAUUUGGCAAUGCUACAACCGGUAUCAAUGCCAACUCCUCCAGAUUCGGAAAGUACUUGGAUUUAACCAUGACAAGGGGUGGAAAAGUCACUGGGGCUAGAAUUGCUGUUUAUCUUUUGGAGCAGUCGCGUGUUGUUGCACAAGCGGCGGGAGAGCGAAAUUUUCACAUCUUUUACUAUAUGUAUGAUGGUCUCGACGCGGACAAUCGCUUGGAGGAAUUUCACCUUGAUUACCUUCUCCGAAGCAAUCACCGUUAUUUAACCGAUAAUAGCUGUGCGAGCAAAGCGCAUAUUGAUAAAUUUUACGAAAUUAAAAAUGGAUUUAAAGUUCUGGGAUUCAGGGACACCGAAGUGGAUACUGUCUACGCUGUACUUGCGGCUAUUCUACAUUUGGGGGAUAUAGAGUUCGAGGAGGCCGCUGGAGAGGACAACACUGAUAAUAAAAGCGUUGUCGUGAACAAAGAUCCACUGAAUCGAGUUUCUCAUCUUUUGGGAAUCGAGAGAAUGGAUCUGAUGGAAGCAUUGACAUCUAAUUCUGUCGUAACGAGAGGUGAAACAAUUACACGUAAUAAUACAGUGGAUGAGUCAUGUGCAGCACGUGACGCAAUGGCCAAAGGAUUGUACGGUCGUUUGUUUGAUUGGAUGGUCAAUCAGAUAAAUUGCCUCCUGAGUUUCAAUAGGUCACCGAAAUACGAACCCUUAGCCAUUGGCCUACUCGACAUAUUUGGUUUUGAAAAUUUUCCGCGAAAUUCGUUUGAACAAUUGUGCAUUAACAUCGCCAAUGAGCAAAUACAAUACUAUUUCAAUCAGCAUAUAUUCACGUGGGAGCAGCAGGAGUACAUGGCUGAGGGAAUACCUGUCGAUCUAGUUGAAUUCUCGGAUAAUAGACCUGUAUUGGAUAUGUUACUCAGCAAGCCAAUGGGAUUGUUGGCGCUAUUGGAUGAGGAGAGUCGAUUCCCAAGGGCUAAUGAUCGAUCAUUAAUUGAGAAAUUCCACAGUAACAUAAAAUCCAAGUUCUACGUCCGUCCAAAAUCAGACGCAGCGUGUUUCGCAAUUCAUCAUUUCGCGGGGCGUGUUGUAUACCAGGCCGAGGGAUUUCUGUCCAAGAAUCGCAACUUCCUCCCCCCAGAGGUAAUCCAACUGGUCAGACAAUCGCAAUCAGACAUGGUGAGAUUUUUAUUCCAAUGCCCAAUCACGAAAACCGGCAAUCUGUAUUCAGCACUACGUGACACAGGCACACGUAAUUCCACGCAUUCCAAUCAUGACACAAAGGAGAAAUACUCAAGCCGAGGAUUGGCCUCCCAAUCAAGGGCCCAGCAGACAGUGGCAACAUACUUCAGAUACUCUCUAAUGGAUCUCCUCCAGAAGAUGGUAACAGGUUGUCCCCAAUUCGUAAGAUGUAUAAAACCAAACGAAACAACGAGCCCGAGAUACUUUGACAAAGAAAAAGUGGUGAAGCAGUUGAGAUACACGGGAGUUCUAGAGACGAUAAGAAUCCGUCAAAACGGUUUCUCCCACCGGAUUCCAUUCAACGACUUCCUCAAGAGAUACUGCUUCCUGGCAUUUGGCUAUGAUGAAAAAGUUGUCGCCAACAGUGACAACUGUCGACUUCUCCUAAUUCGCCUCAAAAUGGACGGUUGGGCCCUGGGCAAAACCAAAGUCUUUCUCAAAUACUAUCACGUCGAGUUUUUAUCGAAAAUGUACGAGGAGCAGAUAAGAAAAAUCGUCAUGGUGCAAGCAUCAGUGAGACGUUGGCUGGCAAAGAUUUACUAUAAAAAACAAAAGUGGCAGUUGGCUUGCUCGGUUGUGACCCUCCAGCGGCACAUUCGAGGCUGGUUAUCGAGAAAGAGAAUGAAUUCAAAAGCCCUGCAUCGAAGCCUGUCUACUCUACCAUCACCCUUGGAUGAGAUCCAAGCUGAGGAAAAGCUCAAUGAGAUGCUCCGGAGCCGGAAAAUGUCGCAGGAUGCUUUGGCUCAUCAAAUUGCCAAAUUGUCAGCUAGCGUUGACAAGGGUGAUAUCAAUGAGGAUGACGCUGCUGUCAUCAUCCAGAGUUUCUUCCGGGGCUACACCAUCAGGAAGCGUUUCGGCUAUCAGUUGGAAGAGCGAUUCAAGGAAAUUCUCAAUAAAUAUAAUAGCAAGCAAGAGGCACGGGAGGCGCUCAUUCGCGAAGGAGUGAGGAAUGAGGAUGCUAUAUUCAUUGUUCACAGAUGGUACAAAAAGGAGAUGAGAGUGAUGAAACCGAGCAACGAACCCCAUCCUAAACUUCGCCAAGCAGAUCUUAUUCAAUUUUCUCAUGAUGUCCACAUGAAGAAUCAGGAAAUGCACAAAUAUUUGAGGAGGAACAAACCAGGUAUCAGAUUGAACGAUAUUGAUGGAUCCCCCGAGAACUACGAACGCCCUGAGGGAUUUAAACUCGUUCAUGCUGUCAUGAAUUAUCGAAGUGGCAAUCAAAUUGAGAUUGACGAGACGGUGAAGUAUUACAGAGACUUAAAAGAGGAAAUGAGUAGUGGUUCGGAAUUCGAAGAAGACGAAGUUGGCUGGGACUUACCGCUGAUACAGCUGGAAAAUGACCUUCAUCCAUCAGCGAGUCGCAACGAUCAGGGCCGUGUUCUAGAGGUGAGCACCGAGAGGCAGGACAGGCUUCUUGCCCAAGGCGACUACGUUUUAGCACCGGAACAUCAACUAUCCGACAUUUGGCACAAAGCCUUGAGACAGCCAGACUCAAAAACCGGAAAAGAACAAUCGGAAAAGACACGGAGAGGAAUCAUGGCGAACUUUCAGUACAACGAUUGAUGGAAUGCUCCCCCCUGGCAUGUAGAGGAUUGGCGAAAAUAAACAAAACCCCCGCAACCCUCCACAUAUCUACUCUGCAAUUGAUCUACGGAUCCGAUCAGAGCAUGGAAACACCAGUUUAAAUAACUAGGACUCAAUCAGAUUAGUCUGAGCAUGUAUACACAUUUAUUUAGUUCCGUAAUAGUUAAUAGUGUUACUAAAGACAUGAUUCUCAUUCUGACUUCAUCUAUGUAUGUCUUAAAAAAUAAAAAAA